AUGGAGAGCAACAUCAGCACCUGCGCCAUCUGCAAUGGCGACAUGCGCCGUGGCUUCGGCGGCAGCGGCUUCACGGCCGACUGCUCCCACCAGUUUCACUUCCGCUGCGUCUCCGGGAGCCUCGAGAUCAGCAGCCGCCAAGCCUGCCCGCUCUGCAGCGCGCGGUGCCGCGACCUGCCGUCCUCCCGCUCCUCCAGGAGCACGCCGCCGCCACCAGCGUCGCGCGUGCCAGCUCAGCCCUUCUUCCGGCCCAAGGAGCCGCGCGUGUUCGACGACGACGACCCGCUAGUCCGAGCGCCUCGGCCUCUCGGCGACCGACACCAUAGCGCAGCAGGCUCAACGUCGUCCAGCAGCGGGUCGAUAGCGGUAGCGCUCAACACGCACUGCGAGUACUCGUCUCUCCCGCGGGACGCCACCCACGAAAACUUCGCCGUGCUCGUGCACGCCAGGGCUCCGGGAAGCGGUGGCGUCGACGCGCCACCGCGCGCUCGGGCGCCGCUCGACCUGGUGACCGUGCUCGACGUGAGCGGCAGCAUGGUGGGGAGCAAGCUGACGCUGCUGAAGCAGGCCAUGGGCUUCGUCGUCGACAGCCUCGGCCCCGCCGACCGCCUCUGCGUCGUCUCCUUCUCCUCCGGCGCCAGCCGCCUGAUGCGGCUCGCGCGCAUGUCGGAGUCGGACGGCGGGAAGGCCCUGGCGAAGCGCGCCGUGGAGUCGCUCGCGGCCGGCGGCGGCACCAACAUCGGCGCCGCGCUCCGGAAGGCCGCCAAGGUGCUCGAUGACCGCCUCCACAGGAACGCCGUCGCGAGCGUGAUACUCCUGUCGGAUGGGCAGGACACGUACACGGUGCCCAGGCGCGGGCAGGACGCCGACUACGACGCGCUCGUGCCGCCUUCCUUCGCGUACACCGGUGACGGCUACCGGUCCGCGCCGGUCCACACCUUCGGGUUCGGCACCGACCACGACGCGGCGGCCAUGCACACCAUCGCCGAGGCCACGGGCGGCACCUUCUCCUUCAUCGAGAACGAGGCGGACAUCCAGGACGCCUUCGCGCAGUGCAUCGGCGGCCUCCUCUCGGUCGCCGUGCAGGAACUGCGCGUCGACGUCGCGUGCGCGAACACGGGCGUCCGGGUGCGGUCGGUCAGCUCCGGCUGCUACAGGAGCCGCAUCGACGAGGACGGCCGCGCCGCAUCCAUCGACGUCGGCGAGCUCUACGCGGACGAGGAGAGGCGCUUCUUGCUGCUCAUGGACGUGCCCAGAGCGCGCGUCACCUCGGACGUCACCCACCUGAUGCAAGUCAGCUGCGUUUACCGGGACAUGGCUACUGGACUGCCAACCAACGUGGACGGCGAGGACGCGGUGGUGCUCAGGCCGUCGCGUUCGGCGAGCCUCGAGCGCUCCGCGGAGGUCGACCGGGAGCGCGUCCGGUUGGAGGCGACGGACGGCAUCGCCGCGGCUCGAGCGGCGGCGGAGCGGGGCGCGCAUGAGGAGGCGGUAGAGAUACUCCGGAAGAAGCAGCGAGCCGUGGCGCGCUCGGCGGUGGCCCGGGCUGGGGACUCCAUGUGCGUGGAGCUGUCGCGAGACCUUCAGGAGAUGCGCGCGCGCGUGGCGGACCGGCGGCGGUACGAGCUGUCCGGGCGUGCGUACGUGCUCGCAGGGCUGAGCUCGCACGCGCAGCAGCGCGCCACGUCUCGGCAGAUGUCUUGCGACGGCGAGACGGCGGGCCGCAGAGCAGAGUCCGGCCGUGCCACGACGCAGAUAUCGACCGCGUCGUUCUCGUACAUGACGCCGGCGAUGAUGGACAUGCUGGACCGAUCGCGGAGAUCGCGGGAGCUGAGGAGCAAGGAGCGGCCAAGGAGCGCAAACUAUUGAACCCACCAAGAUUAGGAUUGAGACCGAAUAGUUUUUUUUCU